CGAUUGGCUAUUUCACUGGAGACAAACUCGCACAUUCGCAAGAGAGUCGUAUCAAACUGCUAACAGAAUAUCGUCAAUUUGUUGAGAAUUACUUGUUUGAAUCGUUUUUUGUGGUUUCUCGUGCGAAAGAAAAUUUCAUAACAGGCACCAACAUGGCGACGGCAAAAGUUUCCCAAUUGAAUUUUCGUUUUGACAUUGCAAAAAUAAGCGAAUUAAAUGAGGUGUCGUCACAGGAUUUCGUCAUUCAUAACAUUUCUUGGGCUAUAAAAGCAAAAGCAGUCGCACUGAAGGGUGAAAAAUGGCUAUAUUUGUAUUUGCUUUGCCAAAACAAGGACAAUUCAUUGAAUCAGACACACACAGCAUAUGCCACGGGUCAAUUGGUCUCAUUCAAUGUGAACACGGUUGCAACUAAAUUUUACUCGAUGACAAAUGUUUAUGAUAACAUAUACCUUGGCCAUGGUGGAAGCAUAAUUCGAUGGUGCGACUUGAUCGAUCCCACAAAAGGUUAUAUGAAUGAUGAUUCUAUAAGUUUGGAUGUAACAAUCCAUGUGGCCGAUCCGCAGGACAAAAACAAACCCGAAAUGGUAUUUGAAGAGGUGGAAAAAAGUUGUGACGAUGGUUGUAAAUCGAAAUUUCGAUUGAGCGUAACAAAUAUUGAAAAAUUGAUUGCCGUAUGCUCGCCCAAAAUUGUAUUGCGAAAAAUGUCUUGGUAUUUGACAGCGUAUAAAAAUAAUUUGGAUGAGAUUGCUGUUCGUUUGGAUAUCUUGACAUCUUCAAACGAUUUUUCAUGUGAAGUCAAUAUGUUGACCAAGUUGAUUCCAGCAAAAGAAGACUCUUUCUUGAAGACAAUUGAACAAACCGUCAAUGGGCACGUUCUUAGAAACGCAACGUUAUCCACAAAAUCACUGAUUUCAUUGGGUGAGCUGCUAAAACCGGGAAGCCCUUUCGUUGAAAACAAUUCGAUUGUGAUUGAAGUUGAAAUCAACACUGAAAAACCGAAGGGCGUUGAUCUAGCUGCCAUCAAACAUGGGGCAUCGACUUCAACCACAUCAAUAGAAGCAAAAAUCAGAAAACUGGAAUGUGCAAUCUGUUUUGAAGAUUUUGAUGGUCAAGGAGCAUCCUUUACGCCAUGCGGUCACUUGUUCUGUUCCCCGUGUAUCGAAAAGGUUGUCGAGCGUGAGAAGAUAUGCCCUUCGUGCCGGUCCCCUGUUCAAUUGAAUGAAUUGAAACGCGCACACUUGCCCUUCACAAACUAACCUCAAAGAUGUGAUCGACUUCAAAGGAAAUACACAAACGGCGGCGACACACAAAAAUAUAAGCGGCGAUGGAUUUUCAUCGUCAACCCAGCUUCAAUAACAACAAAAACAUUUAUUGUUCAUUCAGACUUAAUUCACCAUAGUGAAAUAGUUGAUCGAACAAAAGAUUAUAUCUCACACAAUGACGAAAGAAACCCAAUCCUAUGGUUACAACAUAUAUUGAUUUAAUUUCAACAUGAAUAUUAACACUAUUAUUAUUUAAACUCCCUGUUUUCAACAGAUUUAUUUUUAUUCCAUAAUGUUCAUUUAUAUUAUGAGCUUUUAAAAUCGAAGCAAAUAGUUUCUGAAUAGUUGACCCCAUGAUAUUCACCAAUAAUGUGUAAAACCAAAAAUCGACUGGCAAUAAAUGACAGCCUCGAAAUGUGUAUGUUA